AUUUGUAUGUUUUCUUAAUAGGAAAUGAAUAAAUGCAAUUUCCACAAGAAAAUAUCCGACCGAUUGAACCAGUAACCAGUUACUGAAAGUUAAAAAGAAUGAAGAGUGUAUAAAAAGAACACGUGCAGCGGCGUUAAGGGUUGUGUACUUGUGUCCAGUGGCUUGGUCGGUGUCGGCUGCUUCUCUGCUUAGAUUUGCUCUUCCUCUCUCUCUCUACACAGGCUAUGGAGUCGUUUCUGUUCACAUCAGAGUCAGUGAACGAGGGCCACCCAGACAAACUCUGCGACCAAGUCUCCGACGCAGUCCUAGACGCUUGCCUCGAGCAAGACCCUGAAAGCAAAGUCGCAUGCGAGACUUGCACCAAGACCAACAUGGUCAUGGUCUUUGGUGAAAUCACCACCAAAGCCAAAGUUGACUACGAGAAAAUCGUCCGUGACACGUGUCGUGCCAUCGGCUUCGUCUCAGCUGACGUCGGCCUAGACGCUGACACCUGCAAAGUCUUGGUCAACAUCGAGGAGCAGAGCCCCGACAUAGCUCAAGGUGUUCACGGUCAUUUCACAAAACGCCCUGAGGAGAUCGGAGCUGGUGACCAAGGUCACAUGUUUGGGUACGCAACGGACGAGACUCCUGAGCUUAUGCCGUUGAGCCAUGUCUUGGCCACGAAGCUCGGUGCGCGUCUCACUGAGGUUCGGAAGAACGGGACUUGCCCGUGGGUUAGACCUGAUGGGAAGACACAAGUCACCGUUGAGUACUACAACGAGAACGGUGCUAUGGUCCCUGUCCGUGUGCACACCGUUCUUAUCUCAACUCAACACGAUGAGACCGUCACCAACGAUGAGAUCGCACGUGACCUCAAAGAGCACGUGAUCAAGCCGGUGAUCCCCGCCAAGUACCUAGACGAGAAAACCAUCUUCCACCUAAACCCAUCAGGGAGAUUUGUCAUCGGUGGUCCACACGGUGACGCUGGUCUAACCGGACGCAAGAUCAUCAUCGACACGUACGGUGGCUGGGGAGCUCACGGUGGUGGUGCAUUCUCUGGCAAAGACCCAUCUAAAGUGGAUAGAAGCGGUGCGUACAUAGCUAGACAAGCGGCUAAGAGCAUUGUGGCUAGCGAUCUAGCACGCAGGGCUCUUGUUCAGGUCUCUUACGCCAUUGGUGUCCCCGAGCCGUUGUCUGUUUUUGUUGAUACUUAUGGAACAGGGAAGAUUCCAGACAAGGAGAUUCUCAAGAUUGUGAAGGAGAACUUUGAUUUUAGGCCAGGGAUGAUGACUAUUAACCUUGACCUCACGAGAGGUGGCAAUGGGAGGUUCUUGAAGACUGCUGCAUAUGGGCACUUUGGUAGGGAUGAUCCUGACUUUACCUGGGAGGUUGUUAAGCCUCUCAAGGCUGAGAAGGCUUAAGAAGAGUCAGCUUAUUGUUUUAACUACGUUUAUGUUUGUUUGAAACUCUUUAAAUUGCUUUUUUGGUUUUCAGUCUCUGUCUUGUUUGUUUUUUAUUUAUUUUUAUCAGUGUGAUGUUUGUGCUCUUUGGUUUGGUACUUUGGUAUGAUGUUACGUACUCCUUGAUGGUUUUUUAUAAUAGAGAUUAGUGUGGUGGCA